AGGUGCGUAACCUACCUACGUCUAGGUAGACAUGACCCCCUCAUCAGCGGCUACGCGGCUUCGAAUCGGGAUAACUAGCUCUAACCUCCGUCUUUCUUCCCUAAGACUUCCAUCCGCGGUUAGGGGGCGCAGUGCAUAGAGGUAGGUAUGUAUAUAUCUUCCUCUAGGUAGACACUCCUUCUUCUUCUUCUUUCCUACAGUUUACCACAUAAAAAAUACUAGUACUCAUCGCUUGCCAUCAACAUCCUACACACCCCUCCACUUUCCCAUCCACUACCUACCUAUAGCAACGACGACAACGAACACGACGACGAUUACGACAACGAUAAUCACCCCCCUUUUCGACAUAUAUAUACCCACUGAUCCACCGGGCAGCUUCAAGGGGGGUUCCACUCAGGGAAUACAUCCUGUUCCUCACAUUUCAUCCGUCUACGCGCUACCGACAUUCAUUACGCACCACCCUACCUCUCAGCCUCGAUCCACAUUCGAUCCGUCUACACGGGCCCUGCGACGCAUGGCGACCAACGUCAAGGUCGUGGGAACCGACCUCCGGCAGGUCACCAUCAAGGUCAACCCCGGAACCUACCUCACCGACGUUCUAGAGCAGGCCUGCGAGAAAUUCAAGGUCCCUUCCAGCAAGUACCUAUUAAAACACAAGCAGAAGCACCUGGACCUGUCGCAGACAUGGCGUACCUCUGGUUUGGUGCAGGGAGCCAAGCUCGAGCUCGUCGUCCGCUCUAACACCGCGACCGCUAUCAACGUCGCCCUACAAUUCCCAUCUCCCGAGUCGAAUCUAUUCCCACCAUCUGGCCGCGCCGCCCAGAAGCUACCGAGUGACUUCACCAUAUGGCAGAUACUACGCCAGUUCGAGAGCGGCAAAUCAGGCGAUGGGAAGUCCCUAAACAUCACCGCGCGGGGCGUGGCACAAAUGACUAAAGGUGCCCCCGCCGGUAGCGGGCAGCUGUACUACGAAACCCCCGUGUUGGUGAUCGAAAGUAGAACGCUUUCGACCUUUGCCGACUUCCAAAAGACCCUGUCUCAGCUGGGAUACAACUCGGGAGGCGUGUUGAUGCGUCUCUCUUUUCAAAGGACCGACAAGACUCUAGUGGAUGCCAUGGAGGAGAUGGGCCGGUUCUUCAAGGCAGAAGAGGAGACUCAAGUCGAAAAGCCGCAGGAGCCUGAUCCCCAACGCACGGUGGGUGGCGACGCGGGUACCUUGAUUGAUGUUCCGCCCCCGAGCAAUACAGACACCGCCCUGCCCAGAGCCACCACACCCAGUCACCCGGAGACAGAUCUAUUAGGCGCUAUCCAAAACGACGAUACCGGCGACCGUACCACAUCGCAAGCUCCAUUAGUAGACGAAAUGGCCGUCGACGAGCUGGCGCUGUCCGACCAUCGGCCCGUCACCAUCUUCUCUGCACCUGCCUCCAACACACCGGCGGCAGCCUUACGAGAAGACUCAGACGAGGAGUUCGCGCCGCGUAUCGAGCACGCGCAGGCGCACCAGAGGCUGCUGAAGACGGCGGGCGAGAACAGGCGGCUCCCGUCGGACCGGGAGCUCGAGGAGAAGGCGGCGGCGGAGGCGGCCAGGGUGGCGGCCAUCAAGUCGAUCCGGAUCCGAGUGCGCUUCCCCGACAACUUCUCGGCCGAGUGGACGUUCGGGCCCGAGGACACGGGCGCGACGCUGCACGCCGAGGUGCGGAAGAUCAUGGCCCACGAGGACGCGCGCUUCCGGCUCGUGCUGCCGCCCGGGCCGAGGGCCAUCGCCGACGACGCGCGGACGACGCUCAUCCGCGGCUACCGCCUCAGCGCCAACACGCUCGUCAACUUCACGUGGGACGAGGGCGUGCCCGCCGACGUCCGCCACCUCCCCUUCCUCAAGAGCGACGCCGCCGGCCAGGCCCGCGACGUGGUCGUGCCCGAGGUGCCGGAGGCCCCCGCCGCCGCCGCCGCGGACGGGGAGGCGGAAGGCAAGGGCAGAGCCUCGUCCCUCUUGGCGGCGCUGAAGCCCGGCUCGGCCUCGGACUCCGGCGACGGACCCGCGUUCAAGAAGCCGAAGUGGCUGAAGGGCUUCGGGAAGAAGUAGGCUGGGACGGUGGAGGGAUGCGCGGUAGGGUCAGGUUACGAUACCUUUCCACAGAAACUGGCGAAUUGAUGAACAUGUAGAUGGCCGUCCGUUCUAUAUACACAGCUACGAGACGCAUGCAUCUGUACGGAGUUGCGGCGAAUGGGUCCA